AUGAAGCAGAAGGCGGAAGCGCGAAAGCAAUACAAAGGCAAGAAGUACGUGCCCUUGGACUUGCGCCCCAAGAAGACCCGCAAGAUCCGUCAAGCUCUCAAGGCCGAGCAGAAGUAUGCGAGUCUCGGCGGACGACGACGGGGUGUUUGCUACCACUGGGACGGGUGUUUGUGGUGGUUGUUAUUGUGUUGGUUGCGUGAAGCAGGGCAAUGA